AUGGGUGCAAAUAAAGUGCUGCUAUAUGGAUCAGAAACCUGGAGGACCACCAAACACAUCACAAAUAAACUGCAGACCUUCACCAACCACUGCCUAAGACGUAUCCUCAAGAUCUUCUGGCCCAACCGCAUCAGUAACACCAGCCUGUGGGAACUUGAUCACAAUGGGCCUAUCAAAAUAUUGUUUCAUUUAAAAACAUGUUUUCCACCAGGGCUUCUGAAGCAGAUUGAUGCAGGUGGAGAUGAGAUCGUGGUAGGAGUGAAUUCCCACGACCAUAUCUAUUGUCUGAAUAAAGGCUCUUCAAUACAACCAUGUAGGGAGAAGUCAGAGUGGACUCAAAUCCCUGGUGGCCUGAAGUACUACAGUUGUGGCCCUAUCAGCUGCUGGGGAGUAAACAGCAAAGACCAAAUCUACAUUAAGAAGGGGGUAACUCCCGAGGCCUGUGGUGGAGUGGGUGACUGGCAGCGUAUUGGUGGAGCCCUGUCCAUGAUAGAGGUGGGACAGGACGGAUCUGUCUAUGGCGUGAAUUCCGGGGGAAAUGUUUACCUCAGGACUGGCAUCACUACCGACCAGCCUGAAGGGACAGGCUGGACUCACAUCAAUUUCUUCAAGGGUCAAGCUAAACAUGUGUCCUUUGACUUGGGGCACCUCUGGAUCAUCUUGAAGAAUGACCAGAUCCAUGACUGCACUGAUUUUUCUUAGCACACAAUUGAACAAUAAUGUGUUUAACUGAAUCUCACAUCAUAUGUUUUAACAAUAACAUGUUCAGUGUGGUUUCAAACAUUGACAUCCAUUAACUAUCUUGAAUUGUCAUUGUCAUGUAUCACACAUUACGAGAUGAAUGAAGUUACUCUUCUUCUCGACUCAAUAAAGCAUU